CAGCCGCGCUCCUUCUCACCCCACCACAUUCCACACACCAUGACUGCCUCUGCCAUCCCGGGCCUCGCACCGCAGGCGGCCGCCGCCGUGGCGCAGCUCAAGCCGGCGCACUUUGAGCUCGAGCGCAUCAUCCGGCCCAACAUCCUCAGCCUCGCGCCGUACCGCUGUGCGCGCGACGACUACCAGUCGGGCAUCCUGCUCGACGCCAACGAGAACAGCCUCGGCCACAGCCUGCCCGGCGCCAGCCAGGCCAGCGGCAGCGGCAGCAAUGGCGCCGGCGCCGGCGCCGCCUCGCUCACCGCCAGCCCGGCAGCGGCGGCGGCCAUCGACGCCCUCGGCCUCAACCGCUACCCGGACCCGUCGCUCUUCGGCGUCAAGCCGACGCUGGCGCGCCUGCGCGGCCUGCCGAGCGAGGACCACGUCAUGCUCGGCGUCGGCUCGGACGAGGUGCUGGACCUGCUGCAGCGCAUCACCUGCCGCCCGGGCCAGGACAAGAUCAUGAUCUGCCCGCCGACGUACGGCAUGUACUCGGUGUGCGCCGCCGUCAACGACGUGCAGGUCGUCAAGGUGCCACUGAAGACGGCAGGCGGCGACUUUGGGCUUGAUGUGCCGCAGAUCCUCAAGACGCUCGCCUCCACGCCCGACAUCAGACUGCUCUUCCUGUGCUCUCCCGGCAACCCGACGGGUACACUCCUGCCGCUCGAUGCGGUCCGCGAGAUCCUCGAGUUUCCAGACUGGAGUGGCCUGGUCGUGGUGGAUGAGGCGUACAUCGACUUUGCCGAGGAGGAGCUGCGGCUCGGCAAGCGCGCCGAGCAGCCGUCGGCGACGAGCCUGCUGAGCGAGUACAAGAACGUGGUCGUGACGCAGACGCUGAGCAAGGCGUUCGGCCUGGCCGCCAUCCGGCUCGGCAUCUGCUACGGCUCGCCCGCUCUGAUCCAGAUCAUCAACAACACCAAGGCGCCGUACAACAUCAGCGUGCCGACGGCGCACCUGGCCUCGCUGGCGCUCUCGCCAGAAGGCCUCGACCUGAUGCGCAGCAACGUGCGCCUGCUGAUGGAGAACCGCGACGAGCUCAUCGCGGGCCUCAAGCAGCUGCAGUGCACGGGCGAGAUCCUCGGCGCCAACGACGCCAACUUUGUGCUCGUGCAGGUGCUCGACAAGGCACGGGCCGACGGUGGGCGGCCCAGCGGCGAGCGCGCAGAAAUGUGCUACAAGCGCAUGGCCGAGGAGAGAGGCCUUGUGGUGCGCAACCGCAGCAAGGAGCUCGGCUGCGCUGGAUGUCUUAGAAUUACAGUGGGCACCAAGGAGGAGAACGCGAAGUGUCUAGAGCUGAUGGCGGAGCUGCUUGGGUGAGCGGGUCAAAUGAGAUGCAGUAACACGGCGCGCGA